CGUUGUCUGCGCUUUGCUCGCCUGCCUUGACAGCCACCGAGACAGAAGAGAAAGCGGAGGGAUCAGGCGGUAGAAAUGGAGAGCGAAAGGACUGGGAGGGUGAGCGGAAAUGUUGGAGAGCCAUGGCAUGGCGGCAUGACAGACUAAAAGCCAUCCCAGUCCACCGAAAGGACUCCUCCGAAUAGCAAACUCCGGGCCGGGGAGUCGAGCCGAGCAUCCGGAGGAUCCUCGGUUCGCUUCGGUCUUACCUCGUUUAACCGAAUCAGCGCGCACUCAACGCUGCUGCCGAUCUGCAGGGAGAAGUCUGAGGCUAACAAACCGAGUCUGACAGCACGAAAAAAGGUUGCUCAUUAUGAGUCGAGAUGGGUGGAUGAAGAAGAAAGCCAGUGCCGGUGGGGACAAUGGUUGGGCGGAACGAGGCGGCUACAUGGCUGCCAAGGUUUCUAAGCUGGACGAGCAGUUUAAGCUCGAUGCCCCCAGAGAGAAGCGCAAAGAAGGAGCGUGCUCCAGCAUCUUCAGUGGAGUGGCUAUUUAUGUCAACGGAUACACAGAGCCGAGUGCAGACGAACUGCGCAGACUGAUGAUGCUGCAUGGCGGGCAGUUCCACGUCUACUACUCGCGCUCCAAGACCACCCACAUCAUCGCCAAUAACCUGCCCAACAGCAAGAUUCAGGAGCUCAAAGGGGAGAAGGUCAUCAGGCCGGAGUGGAUCACUGACAGCAUCAAGGCUGGCCGGCUGCUGCCCUACCUGCAGUACAUGCUCUAUGCUAAGCAGAAAGGGCUGCUCUUCCCCGGCAUGACUCUCCGUCAGACCUCAGAGAUCGCAGGACCGAGUCAGCUGAACGCCCGUCAGAAGCUUCAUCUGCCACAACGCAGCGUUCAGGCCUCCGUUCUCGGCCGUGAACCGUCUUCAUCCGGCUGCCAGAACAACUCCGUCCCUGUCUCCAGCCACAGCGUCCCUCAGUCCGUCCAGCACAGCUCUGCUACCACCCAGCCAAGUCUCUCAGCAUCCGGUCAGCUCAUUACAGAGCCCAGGCACAGAAACCCUCCACACACCCAGCCGCUGUCUAACCCGAGCCUCACAAAGCAGCCACACAGGUGUCCACAGUCCACUCCCCCACAGGAAGCGGAAUUAAAGAUAAACGGAUUACUGCAGACCUCACCGGACACGAAGAGCCAUUCAAAAAUCGACGAAGUGCAAGAGUGUGGCGGCAAAGAUCAUCCUGCUGGGGCCUCGAGGGUGGUGAAGGAAGCCCCCCUGAGCAAUGGACACGCUCACCUUGUUAACGGUGCCUUAAAGCCAGAGGAGCUGUGCCCUGCUGCAGAUCAACCCUCUGCUGACGGGGACCUGCUCAGACGCAGAGCCAAGACUUCACCAGACAAACCUCAGAGCUCUCCAGUGCAGUUCCACACCAAACCCGACCCGUACGAGUUUCCCCACAGUCCUCCGAAGCAGUCUGACCAGUCCCCUGAUUUAGAGGAACAGUCCAGUUCACAGGGAGCAGAGCAGAGACCUAAACCCCCACCGCCCACCCACCACGAGGCUGCUAAAGCCUCUGAAGGUCACCUCCUCCCCAAACAGCCCCAAACACCUCCACAGCUUGAUAAGACUCAUCCGUCCCCUGCAUCUCUCUCGCUUUCCUAUUCUUCGGUUCGACUGAACGGAAGUCACCACGAUGCCUUUCCAUCUGACGCCGCCUCCCUCAGCACAGCCAACACAACGCCUGAUCGUCCUGCUGGCAAUUCAUCGUUCUCAUCUUCAUCCAAGCCUUCAGCUCAGCUUCUCGAACAGACGGGCGGUUUGAUUUCAGAGUUCUACUCACACUCACGUCUGCACCAGAUCUCCACCUGGAGGACCGGCUUUUCUGAGUACGUCAACGAACUCCACAGCAAACGAAAAGCAGCGGGAGGCGCCUGCUUUCCUGGGAAAGACCGACUGAGGAAACUGGUUGCUCAGCGACCCACAGACAGCCAGGGUACUUCGGCAGCAGUCAGUGUUAAAUCCUGCAUUCUCCAUGUGGACAUGGACUGUUUCUUUGUGUCUGUGGGGAUCCGACAUCGACCUGAGCUUAAAGGGAAGCCUGUAGCUGUAACCAGUAACCGUGGUCAGGCCAGAGUGCCGCUAAGACCCGGGGCUAACCCUCAAGUGGAGAUGCAGUACUACCAGAGGAAAUACACCCAUCCUCAGCCUGAGAUGACCGACGACGACGAUCUGCACAGAACUCCUUCACAAGAGAGUCCUGACUCCCACGCCAACGGGAUGCUCCAGGAAACUGCUGCUCUCUCAAUGGCAGAGAUUGCAUCCUGCAGCUAUGAAGCUCGGCAGGCGGGCGUGAGGAAUGGGAUGUUUUUUGGCAAAGCUAAGCAGCUGUGCCCUACGCUGCAGUCUGUCCCGUAUGAUUUUGAGGCCUAUAAAGAAGUGGCUCUGAGCAUGUAUGAGAUCCUGGCAGGUUAUACCCAUGAUAUCGAGGCUCUGAGCUGUGAUGAGGUGCUGAUAGACGGUUCUGCUCUGCUGGCCGAGGUGGGCGUCAACCCGCACGAUCUGGCCAAAGCGAUCAGAGCAGAUAUCUAUGAGAAAACUGGAUGCUGUGCUUCAGUGGGCAUGGGGUCCAACAUCCUUCUGGCUCGACUGGCCACUCGUAAAGCCAAGCCAAACGGGCAGCACUUCCUGAAAUCUGAAGAAGUGGACGAUUUUAUCAGGGACCUGCCAGUGACCAGCCUACCAGGUGUUGGGCCUGUUAUGGGCAGGAAGCUGGCUGCUAUGGCUGUGAGGUCAUGUGGGGACCUCCAGCAAGUGUCUCUCUCUCAGCUGCAGAAGAAGUUCGGACCCCGUACUGGACAAACCCUUUUCCGUUUCUGCAGGGGUCUGGAUGACCGGCCGGUCCGCUACGAGAAGGAGAGAAAGUCCGUCUCUGCUGAGAUGAACUACAACAUUCGCUUCACUAAGGUCGAUGAAGCGGAGUGUUUCCUCACUAACUUAUCCAUGGAGGUGCAGAAGCGUCUACAGGACGCAGGGUUACGCGGUCGCAGAGUCACGCUGAAGGUCAUGGUCCGUAAGGUUGGAGCACCACUGGAACCAGCUAAAUAUGGUGGUCAUGGCAUCUGUGAUAAUCUGGCCAGGACCGUGAUGCUCGCUCAGUCCACUGACAGCGGACAGCUGAUAGCCGCUGCAGUCAUCAAGCUGCUCCAUGCCAUGAAGCUGCAGGUUCAGGACCUGAGAGGAGUCGGCAUCCAGGUUCAGCUUCUGGAAGGGAAUCAGUCUGUGCGCCAGGACGGCAAUGGGCUCCGAAAACGCUCCAUCAAAGAUCUGCUCUUUGGCCAGGAACCGAGUGCCAAGUCCAACAACAGAGACUCACCCCAGGAAAAGACUUCUUCUACAACAGCUCCAUCGGCUUGCUCUCUUCCACAUCCUUUGUCGCCUGCUGAGCCAGUCCCCGGAACAAGCAAAGAGCAGCCGGCUUCCAGACAGACGCCCAAACGUUCUCGGUCACGUCUCAACCUCAGCAUUGAAGUCCCCUCUCCUUCGCAGGUGGAUCGUUCUGUGCUGGAGGCCCUGCCUGCAGAGCUCAGAGAGCAAGUGGAGCAGUCAUGGACCAGGAGAGACGGGAGACAGAAUAACUGUCGUUCUCCUGGCCUGCAGCUGUCCACUGCUAACUCCCGUCCAUCCUCCCCUCCUCGACCUGCUCCUGCCUCUGUACCUGCACUAUACACUCCACCUGUAGGAACGUUGCUCCUACAGAUUCCUAAUCAGCCAGACAGUCCAGGAAUUGUGCUGGAGCUACCGAACUUUUCACAGGUCGAUCCAGACGUAUUUGCUGCUCUUCCCAAAGAGCUGCAGGAGGAGCUGAAGUCAGCCUACAGCCGUGUAACAAACAUCCAACCCCAGGCCAAAAUCUUGGAGCCGAAAAAUCCACUGCUGCAGCUGAAGCAGCCUGGAGUAGGACUCGGUCGGGUGAAGCGGCGCUACAAGAGGAAGAAUGCAAUCAGCCCUGUUAAAAAGGGAGCUUCACCCCUGAAGAAGCGUCAGAUGACAAACAGCCCAGCCAAAACCCUAGCACCUGCUAUAAAGCCCAUUAACAUACUGAAGACUGAAACAGAUCCCUCCACGUCAUCCUCACAUCCGGACAUCCCAGAAUCGGUGACUAAGCUGAUCGCUCGUCCUGCUCCAGCGCUGGCCGGAGCCUGUGACCUGACAGACAUUAAAACACUCCUUCGAGAAUGGGUCACCACCAUAACAGAACCCAUGGAGGAGGACAUCCUGCAGGUGGUCAAAUACUGCACUGAUUUAAUUGAGGAUAAAGAUCUGGAGAGGUUGGAUUUGAUUAUAAAAUACAUGAAAAGAAUCAUGCAGCAGUCGGUGGAGUCUGUGUGGAGCAUGGCUUUUGACUUCAUCCUGGACAACGUGCAGGUGGUUGUACAGCAGGCCUAUGGCAGCACCCUGAAGAUAGCAUAAGGAAGAACUGAAACGUUGUGUGUCAUCGCUACACCACCACAUCUCGCUUUGCUACUUUCCCAAGGUUAUCUGCAUUUGGAAUUAUCAAGAUUAUGACAUCUAGAUGCUUAUUAUUGUCUUUCUCCACUGUGACAUGCAGCAUCUGCCGGUGUUCAGCAGCAUGAGAAAGAGCCAUGACCGCAUUUGAAGAAAAUGUAAACAACACAAACAUUUCUGCACUUACUCAGUAGUUUAAGUUUCUAGUAAGUUAGUUAAAGUUAACAGAAACUCAAGGACAGAAAAUGUGCUCAAAAUCUACUCAUCAAAACCCAGAACAGUGAUAAUCGUAGCAGCUUUUUGGCAAAAUCGUCAUCUUUCAUACGACUACUUUCCAUUUGUUUGUCAGAUUUUCUUUGCAGAUGUUUGCAGGUGUGCUUAUCUAUUUCUUACAUAUCUAUACUAGCCAGGCCUUGCAAGAUUAGAGUGUAUUCCAUCCCAUUUAACAGCUGGCUUUUCCUUGUUUGUCCUCGGAUUAUAUGAUUAUGUAUAAGGACACAUGUUAUCAUGUUUAAAUACAAAGCGGUUUUUGGCAGUUUUAGCAUCUGUUAGCCUUGUAGCACUUCUGGUACAUCUGACAAAUGACAGAAAAGGUAGAACAAAAGUCUAAUAUUUUUCCAACAUUGUUUUGUUUGGUGCUCCUUGCCGCUAGCACUUAUCUGUGAAAUAUCUACAGCUGCUGCAUACAGUAGUAUCUUGUCUCUUUCAAAAAAAGAAAAGUGCCAAACUCUGUUACUGCAGCAUGUAAAUAAUGUUUUUAAAGAUUCUUGUUAAAAGUUUUAAAAGAGAAAACCUGUAUGUGGAGGAAUUACUUCUUGUAUUGUUUACCAGUAGUGAAUUCUUAGUAAUGGUCUUUAAAUUGUAACUCUUCUCACUCUUUAAUCAUUUCUAAGUGUUCCAACGUGGAAAUCAGAAGCUGGCCAAAGUACUUCAUAUGAGGUUAACUGUUGAUUCUCAGUAGCACUCUGAUUUGGGAGGAUAACAGCAGGGGUUAUGGCAAUCAAUAAGUAGCCUAUGCAUUUAUUUUUUAUCACUAUCAAGUGAGAUGUCCCUUCAAGACAAAGUAACGCUUCAUACAGCAUUUGUAUCUGGAGUCAAUCUGGUAUUUGAGUUUGUUUACACAGGUUUAUUAAGUAUAGAAAUAAUACUGGAUUUGCAUUGGAGCAGGUGAUCUGAUUUUAUCUCCAGGUUGUGUAAUUUCCACCCUGGAGACGCUCGUAUGGCUCGCGGCUUCAUUAUUGCAUUUCUGUGAAGUUAGCUUUUAUGAUCGGUCAUUAGAAGGACUCAGCAGAUGCGGCUGGCUGGCUGGCUGACUCGUGAUCUCGCUAUAAAAAGAUAAUAUGCGCGGGGCUGACACGUUUGUUUAAAGGAGUUUCUCUAUAUGCAAACCAAAUCAGUCUGUCAUCUUUUUAAACUUGUUGACAUGAAUGUAAUUCAGAAUGUGCGAGUCUCCACUCACUUUCAAGACGUUGCUUCUCUUCACCUGUCAUAUCUUUCGUGAAGGGAAUGGCCAGAAGUUCAAAUUGGCCAGUGUUGUCUUCUCUAAACUGGCUCGUGCCUGAAGACCUGAAGCUGUGAACUUGUUUGUAAGUUUUCUAAGUCUUGGUAAUAAACCUUAAACUCUGUAUUAA